AUGACGGUCGCCAACGGCACAUCCCCCGAACCAGACAUUGUCGUCCGAGGCCUCAGCUACAAGUUCCCCGACGGCUCCCUCGGCCUACAAGACAUCACCCUCGACUUGCCCGCGGGGUCACGGACGCUGCUGAUAGGAGCCAACGGAGCUGGCAAGACGACGUUACUUAGACUUCUGUCGGGCAAGAGACUAGCACCCUCAUCAACCAUUCUCAUUGCAGGGGUGGACCCUUUCGCUGCCGGUCUCGAAGGCGUCACCUAUCUGGGCUUGGAAUGGGUUCUCAACCCCAUCGUCCGGACUGACAUGGCCGUACCAAUCCUGCUAGACUCGGUGGGGGGAAAGCAUUACCCGGAGCGACGGGACGAGUUGGUCCGGAUUCUAGACAUUGAUCUGAGAUGGCGCAUGCAUGCCGUCAGUGACGGCGAGAGACGAAGAGUCCAACUCGCCAUGGGGUUGAUCCGACCGUGGGACGUCCUUUUGCUGGACGAAAUCACCGUGGAUCUAGACCUGUUGAGUCGAAGCAAUUUUCUGAACUGGUUACGGGGCGAGACGGAACGACGUGGCGCCACGAUCGUGUAUGCGACGCAUAUCCUGGACAAUCUCGUCGGAUGGCCAACUCAUCUGGUGCACAUGCACAUGGGCCGGGUCAAGGAAUGGGGUGACAUGGGCAAGUAUGAUGCCCAGACCGACUCCUCCAGCCAAAGCGGCAAUAGUAAACUGGGAGAAUUGGUGUUGAAGUGGCUCAAGGAGGACCUCGAAGAACGGGGGCCGAGAGAUCCAAGUAGCCAAGGCAAGACCUACGAGAACUUGGACGGCAAAGGGGGUUAUGGUGCCGAGACACGGGACGAGUAA